AUGCCACCAAAGGAAAGGGCAGUUGCCACUCGGUCAAAGGCAAAGGGGGCCGCAAAUGACGCAAGGAAAAAUAAGUCCAUCGCCGCUGUGCCGUCUGCCCCCCCACCGCCAAUACCGGACGGCCGAGAGUUAUGGCUUGCCACGGACACCCUACAAAAGGAAAAGGCGAUGCGCAAUUACUUUCAGUUGGAACGUGAUAGGAUUAUUUCUUUUUGGGAGGUGACCAAGAAACAGUUGGAGGAUCUCAAGACGGAGCUUCGGCAACGAGAGAAUGACAAAGCAGAAGCCCAAGAGCGCCAGGAAGUAGAGAAGAAAGUGUUUAAGCAAAAAAUCCGACACAUGAUGUAUGAACACCAGCUUCAACUUGCGGAGAUGAUCAGUGAGGCGGAGAGGACUUUGGCUAUACGGGAGGAGGAGUAUCGACAAAAGGAGAGGAAUAGUGGUGGGGAGAUCCGUGAUGCCAAGUUGAUGCUGCGGGCGCAAGAAAAUGAGCAUCGAGAUAUGACGUCGGCCCUCACUCUUUCUCAUGACCAGGAGAUUGCGGAGCAGCAGCUUGCCUUUGAGCGAAAAAAUAAAGAAAUGCACCUUAUAUACGAAAAGAAAAUGAAAGAUCUACGGGAUGAAAUGGAUCAGCGGCGCCGGGAGGAGAUUGGUCUAAUAGAAAAGCGCAAGGGUGACCACAUUGCCGAACUUCGAGAAACGCACGAGCGCACUUUUAAGGAAAUGAAAGAAUAUUACAGUGAAAUUACUUCAAACAACUUGGAAACCAUUCGCACCCUAAAGGAUGAGGUUUAUGCUAGAAAACGGACUGAGGCACACAACGAACGGGCAAUGAUGGAUGUUGCACAAAGGAACAAAAAACUUACGGAGCCCUUAGCGAAGCUGCAGCGGCAGAAGCGAGAGCUAGAGCAGGAACUUAUUAAUUACUCUAGUGAUAGAGAUAAACUUCGGGAGAUGAAGAUGAAUGUGCGAGAACGAGAGCAGGAGCUGCGCACACUUUCAUGGGAAAACGAGGUUCUUUCUCAGCGCUUCGUUAAACUAGAAGAGGAUCGCGAUAUUAUCCUCAACAAAUACAACAAUAUGUUGCAAGACAUUCAAAGAAAGGCAACGUUUCGACGGGUUCUUGUUCAAAAUAAAUUGGAGCUUGUGCAGUCACAACUAGAGGGGCGUGAUGCUCGUUUAACAGAGUUGCUGAAAAGGGUCAAUAUAGACCCUGAGGGCAUAAGCGAAAUUGAACAUAGAGUGCGUGACUUAUCGUUGGAGAAGGAUGCCAUUAUUGGCGACCUCCAGCAUCUGAUUACUCAAUUGGCUGCGAAGCAGCAGGUGAUAGUGUCUACGUAUGAGGCGUACCUGAGGGGCAACGGCAUUUCUGGGGUAAGUGGGUAG